ACUUCUCACCGCGCGCCCGCCGGCUGCACCAAUAAAAACUUGAGCCGUGCGCGGUGAGCAAGCCCUGUUCUCCAGACCCUCUAGUAGCUCGCAAGCUAGCAUGGCAUCUUGUGGCGGCGCGGGCGAUGACGGCGGCCGCUCACCCCCGGCGGUGGUCUACGACGACCUGGUGGAGGUGCGCGAGCACGCGGCGACGCUGCAGACCAUGCUGCAGGGGUCGCCAAGAGUGUUGGACAUGGACGCGAGGGAGCUCGUGAAGGGGAUGAUGGCCAAGCUGUCCAGCGCUAUGUCGGUGUUUGGCUCCACCAGCGGCGGUGUGGAGGCGUCUUCUGGGAGGAAGAAGAGAUCAGCCACGGCGUCCGGGCCGCACCGCCGGAGCACCUCCAGGAGAAGGUCGAAGAGCCCUUUCAUCAACAUGGUCACUGCUAGGACGCUCAACGAUGGCAAGACAUGGAGGAAGUACGGCCAAAAAUAUAUUCAUGCCUCUACUAACCCGAGGAGCUACUACAGGUGCUCUCAUAAGCCAGACCAAGGCUGCCAGGCCACGAGGCAGGUCCAGGAAUCCGAGUCCAACCCGUCGGAGUACAUCAUCAGCUACUACGGCCAGCACACCUGCAAGGACCCUUCCACGUUUCGAUCACUCUUCAUCCAAGGCGCCGCCGACGCUGCCCCGCCAGCAGACUGCUCAAAUCUCAUCAGCUUCACGUCGAUCAACGGCGCGGCUGCGAGCACGAGCACGAGCGCUUUUGCUCAUUGUGUCGUGAAAGAAGCGGUUGAUCUUCAUCCGAUGCUUUCCUCCCGCUUCUCCAACUACAGCUCCUCGCCGCCGGUGCAGGAAGGUGUGUCCAGCGGCUCGCCGUCGCCGGCUGGCCACGGGAAGUUCAUGCAGCACGCCGGCGGGCAGCUCGUCGACGUUAUUGACCAAAGGACGUCGCCGUUGACCGUGGGAUCAGCGCCGGCGGAGUACUGGCCGGUGGCGGGGGAUGCUGGCGCGGGCAUGGACAGCUUCCCUUCCCCGCCGUCGCCGAGCAGCCUUGGGUUCAUGUCUGGCUCGUUAGGGGGCUCAUUUGGCAAUAGCAUUUACGACGACGACCUGUUCGGCUUCGAUUCCUGACCAAGGUUGUGAACCCAUGCAUAUGCAUGCAUCCAUGCAAAUUGGCCCAUUAACACACGGCGCAAUUUGCAUGUCUGGGGUAGUAGUAAUAUUUUAUUAUGAAGGUAUAUUGUGUAUGCACGUAUAUUGGGCAUGUGGAUAGAAGGUAAUAUGUACUGUAUUGGAUAUCAUGUGUAAACAUAUAGGAGUAGUACUAGUACUAGGUUGUAUGUAGGUUUGCCAGUACGACCUUAAAUUAUGGGUUUUAUUAAAUUUUGUUUAAAUAAUAUUAGAAUGUUUUAUCACCUUGUGUCUGCAUAAAAAAGUGCAUAUAUCCCAAUACUCAUGCCUUGCACAAUAAGAAAAGGUACUCAAUUCUCUCUGUCCAAAAUAAAAGCUUUGCAAUUUUUACUGU